AUGCAAGCAUCCCUUGCCUGUCUGUGCCUGUGCCUGCUCAGCACAACCCUCGCCACACCCGUGAGUAUGGCUUUUCCUGGGAGAGCUGCUGGGAACUGUGUGGGACAACACCGGAUACUUCUGAAAAGCUGCAACGCCAAGCAUGGCUUCUACAUUUUCAAAUAUGUAUACUCAUACUCGACGCGGAGGAACCAGACACAGAUAAAGAAAGAAGAGGCUGGCCACCAGAGCAUCAUCCCCAGCCACCGGCUGGAUGAGGAUAAUGCCAGACGAGAGCCACCGGCUGGGUCGGCUGGGACGGCCCCAAAGCACAGUGACAACAGCAGCACUGAAGUAGUCGAGUAUGGGAUUGUCUUCAAACCUAAACCCCACAGCACCCCAGGCAUCAGCAAGGAUGGCCCCAGUCCUCACCCUGGCACCGGCACACGAGCGCGGGGCAGUGGUGGUGGCAUGGGUCCCAUCCCAUCCAGCUCAGAGGGCAGCGGCGAUCUGGAUUUCGUGGUGGAAGUUGAUGGCGGUGCUCCCGUUCUCUCUCAGGGUGAACGCCCCAGUGAGGUUGUGGUGGGGAACAGGUCCAGUGUCAGGAGUGAGGAUAAGGAUGAUGGUGCCCCCAGGGUGACUCCGGGGGGGGGAGCCGUGUUUGCUGGGAGGGAGAGGGCCCCUACUACCAGAGGGGCAGGGGAUGAGGGCAGCGGGGAGGCCACUGUCUCUGGCCAAGGGCAGGAGGGUGUUAAGCAGGGUACAGGGACAGGAGGCAUUGCUUUGUCCUCUGUCACUGAGAAGAUGGAGGAUGUCCUAGUGGAUGCCGCAGGUGUGGAUGAAUAUGAUUACAUCCCCGAUUCAGGCAGUGUCACCGUCACCCGUGGGAGCCUGGGCAGCACAGACAGGGCCAAUGGCUUCACCCAGUUCUCUCCAGGCAAGGAUGACGAGGUUAACAUCUUCAUUGGGAGGGCGAACAUCCAUGUGGGGGAGCAGGAAACCACGCAGGCUGGUGUCACCGUGGGUAGGGAGAAUGACAGCAUCCCCUCUGUGGGAAGCGGCAGGCCCCUCCGCAGGCUGGACGUCACUGCGGCACCCAGUGGUGAAGAUGACAGCAUCCCUGCCCACAGGCAGCCCGAAAGAAUGGCCACCAGAGCCACCCCAACCCGCGGGGACAGCCUUGCCAGCAGCCUCAGGGACGGCCAUCUCACUGGAGAGGAUGAGGAAGGUGCCACCACCAUUGGCGUUGAUAGAGGACUGGUAACCCCUGUCGCCUGGACAGUCACUAGUGGUGACACUAGCAGCUCCACAGUGACCAGAAUCCACGGGAAAGAUGACGAUGAGGAGAGAGGAGAGGGACAGAAGUCCAAGGGGAAGCCAGACCGUGUGGCUACCACGACCCCCCACCACUGGGAUGACACGGAGGCCACUGUUGCUGUCCCAGCCAAGGGGGCCGGCAUCCGCCCGGCCGCGACCGAGGGGGACCGCACCACGCCGUCGGUGACAGCCAGCAGCCACAGGGCAGGCACGGGCACUGUGCUGGGCAGAGGAGGCAGUGGGGAAGCAGGCACAGCCACCUCCAGACCCUCCCGUGCGGAAGGGGCAGGGGUGAGGGUCCGUCCAGGGGGAGCAGGGCUCGCCAAGACACCCAGGGUGGACACCGCACCAAGUGGGAAACCCAGCGGCUGGGCAGCGAGCGGGGCCCAGACGAGCGCUGGCGGCUCUGAUGGCGAUGCUGGGGGCAGGUCUCAUGCCGCCAAAGCAGGAGGCAGCCCUGCCCCACAGGCAGGGCGAGACACGGGCAGCACGGCAGCGGGCCGGGAGCGGGGCCGAGGCGGAGCGAGCGCGACGGCAGCGCCGCGGGCCGGGGGCGGCCGGCGGCGCGGGCAGCCGGGCGGGAGGCUGGGCGCCGCGGCGCCGGGCACCGUGGCCGUGCUGGGCCGCAGCCGGCAGCUGGACCAGCUGAAGCGCGCCGACGAGCUCCACGUCCGCGAGCGGGCCUUCUACAGCCUCGGCGGCCCCCAGGGCCCCUACCCCGGCCUCGGGAGCUCCGACAGCAGCCAGUCCUCCGAGGGGGAGCGGGGCAGCCACAGCGAGAGCGGGCAGGCGGGGCUGCAGCCCUCGGGGUACCCGCAGGGCCGCUGGAUCCAGGGGCCGCUCUGA